UCUGCUGCAGGGUGGGAUCUCUGUGGUGAAGUGAACAUCUUUCCUUUGGUUUCUUUCAGGGAUGCUGGUGAGCGAGGGAGAUCCCGAGGCUAAAUACACAGAACUGGAAACUAUUGGCAAAGGGGGUUUCAGCACUGUGUGUACAGCAGUGGACACUGCCACAGGAGAAGAGGUGGCCAUAAAGAAAAUCAGUCUCCUGCAAGAGAGCAGCACCGACCUGUGCGUGAACGAAAUCCAGGUCAUGCGCAACGGUAAGAACGCCAACCUCGUGAACUACCUAGACAGCUACCUGGUGGACGAGGAGCUCUGGCUAGUGAUGGAAUACAUGGACGGAGGCUCUUUACACGAUGUCAUUAGGGAGACUUGUAUGGCAGAAGGAGAGAUAGCAGCUGUCUCUCGGGAGUGCCUGCAAGGCCUGGAUUUCCUUCACUCCAAGCAAGUGAUCCACCGAGACAUCAAAAGCCACAACAUUCUCCUGGGCUUGGAUGGAUCUGUCAAGUUGGCUGAUUUUGGCCUCGCUGCUCAGCUCACCCCUGAGCAGAGGAAACGGAGAUCAGCUGUCGGGACUACUUACUGGAUGGCGCCAGAAAUUUUCACCAGGAAGCCCUAUGGCCCCAAAGUGGACAUUUGGUCCUUUGGCAUCGUGGGGAUCGAGAUGGUGGAAGGAGCGCCUCCUUACCUGAGGAAAACCUCUGCCACGGUUCGACAGCUGAUAUGCACCGGGGGCACCCCGAGGCUGCAGAACCCCAGGCAACAGUCCGCUUGGUUGCGAGACUUCCUGCACUGCUGCCUGGAGACAGACGAGGACAGGCGCUGGUCUGCCCAGGAGCUUCUGCAGCAUCCGUUUGUAACCUCAGCCAAGCCGACCUCCAGCCUGAUGCCUCUGAUCAUGGCAGCGCAGCAGGCUUUAAGGUCUUCCAGAGCCUUAUCUUCUCCAGACUGA